UUUUAAUUGUGUGGGGUUCGAAUCCAGAACCAUGAUAUGUUUUUGAUCACUUUUUUAAGCGAAAACAAAAAUUAAAGACCAUCCCAAAAGAAGGCCAAUCCGGGCAAAAAAAUGGGUAAUUCCCAUCGUGAUUCCUAGAUCUUCUUCAUUAUUUCCUUCUUGUUUUUGGAGGUCAAAACUUAAAAUCACAACCAAAUCCCAACACUCUCAAUUCACAAAUCACAAAAAUGGAAUCGAAAGAAUCAAGAAGAGAAGAAUUAUCAUCAGCAGGAGCAGUUCUUGUUGGAGCUUUGGCUCCAGGAGUCAACGCUCCUACUUGGAAUACACUAAAGAUUGCAUUUUUAAUGCUGGUCUUGUGUCUUGCUGUUAUGUUGGGCUUGGCUUUUUCCUCAAGUGACUUUUCGUUGACUCUCCAUGUUGCUUUCCUCUUUUUAAUAACUGGAACCCUCUUCAUACUCCUUAGCAGUUUGCUGAAUCCAAAUUAUCUCAUGCUCUCACAACUCAUCAAAGAAAAUCGUCGUGAAGCUUGUGCUAGCCUUAUAAUCUUUCUCAUGCUAGCAGUCUGAAAGCAUGUAUAAAGUGGUAUUUUGCUUCAUUCAGUUCUGCAACUCAUUUUGGUCCCUUGGGGCUUUAAUCUAGUGGUAAGAAUGCAACAUGUGACGUGUGAGUUCACAUCACGAGUUCAAGCCCUACAAUAGACAAGAGCCUGGUAUUUAACUUGAGAAGGGUAAGAGGGGGGCAUCAUCAACCGAGUUCCUUGCCAUGCUCCAUCGGCUCUCAGGGAUUUCUCGAUUAUCAAAAACAAAGUUGUGGAACCCAUUUGGUCAUUACUUUCUUUUUUAUAAGUAACUCAUUGGAUCAUUACAGAAAAACUGUUCAUCAUUAUGUUAUGGUUUUGCCUGUGAAUCAACUUUCAACUUUUCAUAGUAGUUUGGAGUCAGAAAAACCGCUAUCUUCUUUCUUCCUCCCGUUUCCCUCUGGUGUUGGGUGGCAGGCCUGCUUUUGUCUAUAUUCUGUAAAGCUGCUACUUAUUCAACAUAGCAUCCAGCUUUUUGUGUUGUUACCAAUUCAAGUUUCACUUAAUCUUAUGAACUAUAUAUUCUGAUUACAUGACAAUAGUUGAAUUUACUGCAAAGAUGUAAUGC